AUGGCCACCACCGAAGGUUUCGCGACCCAAAAGGUCAACCGUCUCUCCAGUAUGGAUGCGGAGCGCGCCGAUCUCUAUGGCGGUCCCAGCGUGUCCAUGCCUCCCAAGCACUUGAUGGCGUCCCCCUUGGACAAGGUCCCCACCAUCGACUCAGACUCAGACAGGAGUCAGUCGGAAGAGGAUGUUCUUUCCUCAGAGGAUGAGCAGGCGUUAGCGACUCCCAUGACUUUGCCUCAAAUGACCGUGAGCGACGAUUUUGCCUUGGCCUUUGACAUUGACGGUGUCUUGAUCCGUGGUGGUGAAGCUAUCCCUGAAGCUGUGGAGGCGAUCAAGUAUAUCAACGGUGACAACCCUUAUGGCGUGCAAGUGCCCUACAUCUUCCUCACCAACGGUGGUGGUAAGACUGAAAAGGAGCGUUGCCAGGACUUGAGCCGUCAGCUCAACUAUGAAGUCUGCCCCGGACAGUUCAUCUGUGGCCACACGCCCAUGCGGGAGAUGGCCGAGCGCUACGAGACUGUCCUGGUCGUCGGCGGUGAAGGCGAGAAGUGCCGCAUUGUUGCCGAGGAAUAUGGCUUCCGCAACGUCAUCACCCCCGGAGACAUCAUCAAGACGAGACAGGACACCACCCCCUUCCGUAAGCUGACCGAGGAGGAGUACAACAACUCGCGCGAGUUGGAUCUCAACAAGGUCCGUAUCGAAGCCAUCUUCGUCUUCGCCGACAGCCGCGACUGGGCCGGUGACCAGCAGAUCAUUCUGGACUGCCUGAUGUCGGUCGAUGGGCAAUUGGGCACACGCUCCGCCACCUUUGACCAAGGCCCUCCCAUCUACUUCUCGCACAACGAUGUGGUCUGGUCAACUUCCCACGAGCACUCUCGCAUUGGCAUGGGUGCUCUGCGUGCUUCGCUCGAGGCGCUCUACCAGGCGGUGACUGGCAAGGAAUUGAAGACCGUUGCCUUCGGCAAGCCCCAGAUGGGAACGUUCCAAUUUGCUACCCGCCUCCUGGGUCAGUGGCGCAAGGACUCUCACGGCAUCGCCCACCCGCCCUCUACCGUCUACUUUGUGGGUGACACUCCCGAGUCCGACAUCCGGGGCACCAACGAGUUCAUCGAGAUUGCCGAGAAUGAAUGGUACUCGAUUCUGGUCAGCACCGGCGUCUGGCAGCAGGGCACCAUCCCGCGCUUCCCUCCCAAGAAGAUUGUGGGCAACAUCCUUGACGCGGUCAAGUUCGCCGUCGAGCGUGAGCAGCAAAAGAUUCACUCCAAGAAGAACUCGGCUCUGCUGGGUCAGACUGAUCAGCCCAUCAACCUUUAA